CUGCAUUACGGUCCUUUUACGUCAGGAAGAUGGCGGCCACCAGCUGUCCAUGUGCUUGUUUAUAAACAUGAAAUGACAUUUGGACAUUUUCUAAACCCUGUCAUGCAAGUUAGUGAUCAUAUAGAAAAUGGGAAAGUCGAAGAAAAAGAAAUUCAGGGCUGCUAAAGCCGAACCAACGGGAUUAACAAGCGUAAAGGAGAUAGAAACGCAAAUUGAGAAUUUUGUUCCGAAUGCACAUGGCACAGUUUCGGAUGUUAUAGAACAGCUUCAGAGUGUGAACGUUGAGACCCGAGAAUGUGGCUGUUCCACCCUAGCCAACCUGGUCAGCCAGCCGGAGGUUAUUCCUCUACUCCUACAACACAACAUUGUCAAGAUCGUCGGUCCCUUGAUAGUAGAUCCUAGUCCCCACAUCAGACAUGUAUCACUGGGAGCUUUGAGAAACCUGAGUGUAAGCGGCAGCCAUGAGGUCUGUGAGGAGAUGGUACAGAAGGAUGUCCUUACACCACUUGUCGCACUCUUCCAGAAGUAUGGUGUAGGCUGGCUGCCAAACAAGAAGGAGAAGAAUGUCAAACAUAACGACACUCCAGAGAACAUCUACACAGAGGCAGUGCACCUGCUGUGGAACCUUUGUGAGAGCAGCGACAUGGCAGUGAGCGUGUUCAACAAGGAAACUCUAGUACAGUACCUGCUGCCAUGUCUACAGCAUGAACUGUAUGGCUUCUCUACAGCCAUAGCAGUAGACCGCAGGACGUAUCCCGCUUCUCAGACAGCUGUCCUACAGUCCACCAUAGAGACUCUUGCGAUGGAAUCCCUAGGUCCGGCUCCUGACCACCCGGGGUUCUCUCACAAGGCCAUCUAUGGCCGACAAGUGAGUAUGAUUGCCGAUGGCAUGCCGGUAGUAUCCAAUGCAGCGCUUUCUACACCUUUCCCCUACAUCGCUCCACCUGCCUAUGGACCGCCGCUUCUCCUUCAUCCAUCCCCGAAGGAGUGGAAACUGCAUCCGCAGGUGUUCCAGACUUUGUGCUUUCUGAUGACGAACCAGACAGUGGAUCUGUUCGCCACUCGCUUCAACCACCAGCUGCCUCUGUUUGUGUCUCCGAUUCUGGAUCCGUUGGCUUGGGGACAUGACGCUGUAGCCAUUCCAUGGGAUGACCAAAACGCGUACACGUUUCUGCCAGUGGCCCAAAUUCCACACAUACUACUGAAACUAUGCACGACGCAGAGGAUAACACUGCUUUUGGUCGCGCCAUACUGGCCGGAAGUUGCUCAAUGUCUCCAUGCAGUAACAGAAAACAACAAGAUGGCUGCCGAGUAUUGUCAGACAGGCAAUACAUUAGCACUGCUCAGCCAGUUGAUAACACCAGUUGAAUCGGCUGAUAGUAUCCAGCUCAGCACACUUGUAACAGGAAUCCUGAUCAAUAUCAGCGACCCGCAGCAACCCCAGACCCCGAUAGCAUCCCUCGUCCACACACUAGCCACUGUCCUGUCAGUUGACGUCACAAACCUGAUCGGGGAGGCGACACAGAAUGGAAGUCUGAGUGAUUCUGGUGUUAGUGAUGAAGCCAGCGUUGCACACCAAAGGGGUGCCGAGCCUCAAGGCAAGCUGAAGGAGGUGAAUCAGAUUGUCUCCGCCCAGCAGACCAGCCUAGAAAUUAUUGCCAACCUGUGCUGUGUUGGGGAUGAUGACUGGGAGGAUGUCAGCAUCGACUCAGGCUCAUCUGAUGACAUGGCUGUUGACAUGAACAUGGGGGAGGACGUCAGUGAGGAAUUUAGUCCGGUUUGCGUGCCAACAGAAAUCCAGGGCGCCCUGCUGAACGAAGAUAUCCUCACAAAGGUUUUGAACAAGGCCCAACCUGUAGAGGAGAGCAAACAGAUUGUGCUCAACAACUGUGUCGGGGGCAAGAAAAUAGCAAACAGUCUGCUGCGAGUCCAGACCCAUGCCCUGCUAUGCCUCAACAACAUCCUCAACACAAUGUCUGCCGAUGCUCUGGGUGGGCUCCUACCGCUGCACAAGAUGUGGGACGGGCUGGUGCAGCUCUCCAACUCAACACAAGCCAAGUCUCACCUUGAGCUGCUGGAGGCAGUGACCAGCGCCAUGAGAGCAGUCAUACAGAAACUGGCCCAGCUUCAGUCCCCCAAGUUCUCGGAGGUCACAAUCGCUGACCUGCAGUUCCUGUUUGCCCUGAGCCACCAGGGCCGGGACGCCAAUGUCCGGGUGAACGCUGUUCGCUGCGUGGCCACUAUAGGUGGACUUCUGGCCAAACUAACAACACCACACCCACUGCUGAAGGACAUAGGGCACUUCCUGUUGGAGGUGAUUGGACGUGACUCAGAACUGUGGGUAGUGGCAGAGGCCUUGGACUCUGUGUUUGACGUCUUCGCAGAGGAUCAUAUUGACCCAAUCGUACGAGAGAUAGCCCUGGUUGAAAAGCUGAAAAACUUCAGACCAAUGCUAAUAUCACGGAUAAACAGCGAACGAGGGAGACUGGGAGAACACGUAGCCCUCAUCAGCAUGGUGCGCACAAACCUGAAGCGAUUUAUUGACUACAAGGCCUCUCAUUGAAACAUCGCAGUUGGGUCUUUUGAUGCAUAACAAACUUUAUUGCAGACUUUUACUUAUCUUCUGUAAAUGUAUGGUACCAAUGCCAGGAUUUUCCCAAACACAGGCCAACAGUUUCAUUGCAUCUGUAAUUGUUUUGAAAGAGUUUAUUGUAAUAUAAGAAAAUUAUAAAUAUAUCCAGUUAAAGGUUUUUAAAGGGCUCUUCAUUAUGUGCUGAAAGUAAUGAUAUGGACAGUGGUGACUUCAGGGGCUGCAUAUUUGCUUUGAAAUAUUUAUUAAGAAACGUAAUACUAUAUAUCUGAGCGUCAGCAAAUCUGUUAUGUAGCUUUUUCCUUUUUAAAAGACAAAGGUUAUGAAGUCAUUAAAUGAUCUCAGUUAUGUCAAUGAUGUUAAGUUGUGUGCCUAAAUAGAGCUUUCAUUGAUGUAAGAUCCAACCAAGUGCUGCCUCACAAACAUGUACAUUUAGAGAUGUAGUGUGUUUCUAAUCGUCCGACUGAGAGGUAUGCAUAAUACUUAAGGGCCCGUUUCACAAAGUUCUCAGAAGCCCAAGAUCUCUAAACUUUUCUCAUAGCAUUCGUACUUCCUAUGUUACAGCAUAUAAGGUACGAAUGCUACGAGAUAAGUUACAAGAUCUUAGGCUUACGAGAGCUUUGUGAAACUGAGCCCAGUCACCCAUUCAACAAAGCUGUCUUGUAUGUUAACAUGGACAGCCAUUGUUUAGUGGAGGGAGAGAGCCAGAACCUGUAAGUGUUGGGAGUAGAGGGGUGGGGGGGAUAGUGGUCAAUGUUUCUAGAUCCAUCUGAAUGACGAGUUGGUCAAAGUUAGUGAGUUGAAACGACAUCAGGUUCAAGAUUAAUGAAUAAAUCUAAUAAUAAUAAUAAUACAUGCAUUUAUAAAGUGCAGCAAUUCACAAAUAUGAUGAGCUCUGUGCGCUAGCUGAGAAUUCAUCGCUGGAACUUGUAGUCCUGAUCAAACAAGUAUGUCUUUAGCCGUGAUUUAAAAGAAGAGACAGUGAAGGCAGUUUUGAUGGUAUCUGGAAGACAGUUCCUGAUUAGAUGCAGCUGUGAAGGAAAAGCAUCUUUUUCCAAAAGUAGACGAUUUGAUCUGAACAGAGAAGAAAUGUUGACAUACAUGCUCAUGUAUGUGGCUGCUGGUAUUAGCCUAAGCCCGAUCCACAAAGUGAUAUUAGCACUAAGGUGAUCGUAAAUUCCAUACUAUUACACACACUUACGAUUGUUGUAGCACUAUGAUCGCUGUGUGGGACGUGACCCUGGGCUAGUGCUGGUAUUUGGUGCUGGCGCACUUGAGAUACAACUUUGCAGUUCAACAUGUAUACACCAUCAGACGCAGUAUACUGACUUCAAUGACCUUGUGUUAUUCCCUAAAUGCAAGCAGACGGCAGGUUAAAAAAUGCCAUCUGUUUAAAUCUUGGGUAUGAUGCAGACGGGAGUUUGAACCACCAAAUUCCAGUCUUAGGGCAGACACUCUGACCCACAGACCAUGAGGCGGUCCAUUGAGAGAUAGUAAUAUGGCAUUCUGCACACAGGAUCACAUGUCAUAAUUGUCCAUAGUUGCCUUACAUGCCGAUCAGGGAAACAGUGCCGAUACAUACAGGACACUAUUCUGUUUGGGGGCGGUGGGGUAGUCUAGUGGUUAAUGCGUUCGCUUGUCACGCCAAAGACCUGGAUUCGAUUCCCCACACUCACUAUUCUGUUUGUUUCCUAUGAUUUCAGUGAAAGCAUGGACAAAUGCAUGUUGGGACAUUUGUACAGGAAGGGCAUUAAUCAUUGUAUAAUUAUUCUAUCAUUCUGAAAAAAUCUCCUAUGAAAUUGCUUUGCAGUCAAACUUCCAAGAAUGUAUUACAAUGUGGGUUGACUGUUUUACAAUUUUAUCUUGUUGGUAUUGUUUUAAUGUAUACAGUCAGAAUGUGAUUUGAGGGAAUGCCUCAGUGUCCAAAUGUUUACAGCUCUGAAACCAAAUUUGGCAGUUCAUAUCUUAGAAUUGGUCUAAGGGUUCUUAGACUCUGAAAUUCACUUUGUUUUUAUGUAGAUUUACUUGUUUGGACAGCAUUUUGGGGUAUGAAUAACACUUUAACUGCAGAACAGAUGAGGCAGGCUCAACUAACACUCACUGUUUCUUAAGGUAUUUUGUGUCCUGCCAACCAGGAUUUGUUUUCUUAAACCAGGAAGUUGAGGAGGUCACGUCUUGUACUUCUCAGUGAUGUCUUUGUUGUCAGACAUGCAUGGUCUGAGUGUGUCCUAUGUACAUGUACAAGCAAGUGGUACUAACACUGUGCUAGGAGGAUGCCAUGUAAGGUUGAAAGUUCAGUUAAGUGAAGAGGUAGGGGUGUUGUCAUUCCCUUGUCGAGCAUUACACCAAAUUCUUUAUACAUGAACCAUGUAUAGGAAUUGUUACAUGAAUGCAAUAAAACCUUUCCCAAU